AUGAAUGAGAAAUAGUAGGAAUACGACGAGAGGUUUAAAAUAAUUAUAAUUGGGUGUCAAAAUGUAGGUAAAUCUUCAGUGAUGCGACGUUAUUGUGAAAAUACGUUUAGCGAAGAAUAUACUACAACCAUUGGGUAUUGGGUGUGAUCUAAAAUUUAAGAAAUAAUAAAUUGAUGGAAAGAAUGUUAGGCUUGAAUUCUGGGAUACUUCUGGUUAGGAAAAAUUUGAAGCAAUAACUAGUGCAUAUUAUAAGGUAUUUUUUGAAAUAGAAUGCAGGGUGCUGAUGGGAUUGUGAUGGUUUAUUCUAUUUUAAAUCUUUCAACAUUAGCAAGAAUAUAAAACUAUUGGAUCUUAGAGGUAGAAAAAUAUGCUGACAAGAAUGUUGAAUUGUUAUUGUUAGGAAACAAGUGCGACAUGGAUACUAGAAAGUAAGAUUCUAUAUUUUAUGAAAGAAUAAAAACACAACAAGCUAUAGAUUUUGCAGCAUAAAAAAGAAUGACACAUUUUGAAGUAAGUGCAAAGACAGGAGAUUAAAUAUCUUAAGCUUUUGAAUAACUAAUAAAAAAAAUAAUUGCAAAAGGGGACCCAUCAAGAUAGUAAGCUUAGAGAAUUGAUUAAAGAAAGGAGAAGAAUUCGUAUUGUUGUUGA